UCAGGAUGCUUAGACUGCAGGAAAAGGGGGAAAAGAGUGGGUACCACUCUCUCUUCCCCCCAUCAAACAACGAUUGGUUCCUGCUCUGCAAAUCACCUAUCACAGAGCUUACCAAUAAUGUAUCUGCUGACGGAGGAGGGAACGCAAGAACAAAGCCAGGUGACCCCCCAUUUAAAAACUAUUUUUUUGCAGUUGGGAGUCUUUUUGCAUAAGUGAGAGAGAGUGUAAUUUUGUGCGUAUAUGUUGCUACCUUUAGCCUCUCUGGUUUCUUGCAUGGUGUUAAAUUACCCAGAGGGAGCUUUAAUAGAGGUAGAGACACUCUUGAUUGGGAGUUUGGAUGGGGGAGAGUGAAGGGAAUGAGGGUGAGCAGAGCAAAGCCGUCAGGCAGGAUAGAAAGGACACAAAAACUUCUUCAGAGCUGGGGACACGGAUUGUCUAAAGGGGUGAAUUCAGAAGGAGCGAACUGUAGCCUGAAUGGUAACCUAACUAACAGGAGGAAAGUCCUGCAGGACAUUCAGUGUGGAGCUGGUUGAGGCGUCUCCUCUGUUUCCUGAAUUGGGCACAACGUAUUAGUGUGGCUGACGACUAAGCAGGCGAUGGAGGUUCCACUGGUUAAUUUUGAAAAUAUGGAUGAUGUUGGCAUCAACCUGGGUGAUCCCAGUGAUUCUGGUUACCCAACCUCACCUACUUCAGAAGCCCCAGAUCAGACCCUCCUUGCCCACCACUUGAAUUCCCCUCAACAGUCGCCACGCAGAGGACGCCGUGGGCAUCACUCUGCUCAAGAUGGGCUAUCACCUUCCACUCCUCCCACACUAACCUCCAAGGCACACUCCAGCAGUGGCAGUUUGAUUUCUAAUCUGAAGCUCCUCAUCAACAGUGAGUCUCCCACUGACAGCGUCUUCAGCAAGAUGCCAAAGGACUAUUAUGACAAUGAAGAUCUUUUUGAGAAGCACUACAUGGAAGACAAGGAUGAAAAAGUUGUCAUAAAUAUUUCAGGCUUGAUGUUUGAAACCCAGCUCAGCACCCUCAACAAGUUUCCAGAGACACUGCUAGGUGACCCCAUGAAGAGGAUAAAUUACUUCGACCCAAUGAAGAAUGAGUAUUUUUUUGACAGAAACCGCCCAUCGUUUGAUGGGAUCCUCUACUACUAUCAGUCUGGAGGGAGACUCCGCAGACCAGCCAAUGUUCCCUUAGAUAUUUUUGCUAAUGAAAUUGUUUUCUAUGAGUUGGGUCAUGAGGCAAUGGAGCAGUUCCGUGAGGAUGAAGGGUUUACCAAAGAACCUGAGGUCCUUUUGCCUACCAAUGAACUGAAACGGCAGUUCUGGCUGUUGUUUGAAUACCCGGAAAGCUCCAGUGCAGCCAGAGCUUUUGCUCUGGUCUCUGUAUUAGUCAUCGUAAUUUCUAUCUUCAUCUUCUGCUUGGAGACUCUGCCAGAGUUCAGAGAAGAGAAGGACUUUCCUUCGGGUAUAAUCCAAAUAAUAAAUGGCACCCAAGACAGUUCAACGCAUCACUCCAAAGUAGUGGCAUACCUCACUGAUCCGUUUUUCAUCGUGGAGACUAUUUGUAUCAUUUGGUUCUGCUUUGAAGUUGGUGUCCGUUUUGUAGUGUGUCCCAGCAAAAGUGAAUUCUUUAAUAACAUAAUGAAUAUCAUUGACAUUGUGUCCAUAAUCCCCUACUUUGUAACUCUGGGAACUGAACUGGGUACCACACCGGAUGACGAUCCAAACUCAGGGCAAAACAUGUCCUUAGCAACUCUGAGAAUCAUCCGACUCGUGAGAGUUUUCAGAAUCUUUAAACUUUCUAGACACUCCAAGGGUCUUCAGAUUCUGGGACAGACUUUGAAAGCCAGCAUGAGAGAACUUGGGCUGCUGAUCUUCUUCCUUUUUAUAGGAGUCAUCCUUUUCUCAAGUGCCAUCUACUUUGCUGAAGUGGAUGAGCCCCAGACGCAGUUCGUUAGUAUCCCGGAUGGUUUCUGGUGGGCUGUGGUUACAAUGACUACUGUCGGUUAUGGUGACAUGUGCCCUAUCACAAUGGGAGGUAAAAUGGUAGGCACUUUAUGUGCCAUUGCUGGUGUCCUAACCAUUGCUUUGCCUGUUCCCGUCAUUGUCUCCAACUUUAACUAUUUUUACCACCGGGAGACUGAGCAGCAGGAAAAACAAGUGAUGGAUGCAGCAGCAGAUGCUUCUCAGAAACUGUCAGCAGCUAACAAGUACGAAAGCACAUUAUCACUAAACAAAAGUAACGGAACAUGGCAGAAUGACAAAAAUGGAAUGCACUGAUGGAAAAUGUGAGGGAUUUGUAAAUGUGUCAGGCACAAAACCCACACAGAGGUUAAUGAACAUGUCUAUUAGCUUUCUAGCUACUUUUUAUACUUCAAACAUGACACCAUUUGCAGUUAUUUGCAGUAUUAAUAUGCACUGUGCAGUGAGACAGCCUCUGCACACGUGCCUGUCUGGAAGUAGAUGUGUCAAAGUGCAAUUAACACAUCGUGGCAACAACACUGUCGGUUGAUUUUAAUGAGAAUGGUCUGUUUGCCUUGAACCUGUAGAUUAAAAUACUGUUAAUAUUUGAAAGGCAGCUAGAGUUUUAAAAUGUGCAUGAUCUGUAUGAGACUAUCUAUGUCCCACUGAAAGUGAAAAAUCAGAAAUGUUUUCAUAUCAGUAUGGAUGGACUGCACCUAAUCAUCAUCAGCACGCUUAAGACAGCCUUGACUGUUCAAGGGCAGGCAAACGUGUGCUGUGUAAGCUAAGAGGGCACUGGCGCACAUUGUCUUAUCAGCAAAUCUAUAGCUGUGAAUGCUCUGCCAGCAUCACCUCUCCAUGUGACGCAGUGUAACCGUAUCUGUGUGAAAUUAGAUAAUAGCUGGCGCAGUAGUAUGCCUGCCAGUAGGCUUCUACUGUAAAUUGACUGCAGUGUAUAAAUCAAGCUUAGUUAAUGUUGACUAUCGUGCAAAUGCAUGUACCUAUAGUGAUUAAAAUCAGGGGUUUUCAUAACGGCUUACACAAGGUAACUGAACACUGCUAUGUGUUUUCUGAAGAUAAUUCUCUUCUUAUCACAGCAAUGUUAAACAGGAGCAGUUUAUUUUACUUUUGUUAGGCUCUUAGGAUGGAUACAUUUUAGAUGCCUAGGUCUGCAAUUCAGCAUAACAUCCCAAGCUAAUUUUACAAUAAGACUUUUUUUCAUUGUCAACUCCACAAAUUUAACAGAUUGCGCUAUAAAUCAAUCAUGCUAUCAUUUUUAUUAUAUGCAAAGCCACCUUAUAAGCACAUGUUUUUACAAACAUGUCUCUUCAGCACUUUUUGAACUUUGAACCAUCUCUUCUUGGCAGGGGAACUUUGUUAAUUGUGAAACAGUAAAAUGCGAGCAAUAAUGUAGCAAUGACGAUAACAUGUUAAAGAAAAAAGCUCUCAAUUUGCCUUAUUUUCCUUAUUUUUGUACGGCACAAUGGACCGUGAUGAGAAAUACCUCUCUUCUCAGCAAUGGAAAGUCUUAUAUGUGUAUGUUUAGGUUAAAUGUAUAACAGUUUUUUAACCAUUUAGAUUGUGAAAUUCAUAUAGCAGGGACAGCCAGGAUGUGUGGGGUUCCUGAUGUGAGGAAAGACAUCACAAUAGGUAAUGCACUUAUUAUGGAAAAUAACAAAUGAAUUGACACCAUUUAUGCAUGCCACAUUUGAUGAUACUUUCUAUACAUGUGCGUGUAUUAUCCAUAUAAAUAUGGCUUGUACUGAAAUGUCAAUGGAUGCCUUUAUAAUAAUCCUACAGUAUGCAAUAUGGUGAUAUAUGAUUGAAUGUUGUAUCCUUGACUUGACCACUAAAAAAAGCAAUAUUUUUGAUUAUUAUGGAAUAAGGUGGUCACUUUGGUAACAGCACUUUACUUUGUUAAAAACAGUUAUAUGUGAGGACUGUUGCUGUAUGUGUCAACUUUGUACAGUAGACAGUGUCAUAAUUUGCUAUGUUUUAUUUACCCUGCAAAGAGUGCCUUUCAUUAAAUGUGUAUC